AUGCGGAUCCAAAAGGCUGAACACGACUUCGACAUCGACGACAAAUGGCAGCUCCAACCAACAUUCGACCUGCCAUUCCCGCGCUCCAGACAACCAGCGCGCAACAGCGACGCGGUCAUUGCUGUACACGCAAACGUGCCAACCUCCACCAAGUUCGGUCCAUCGUUUACUAAGCAAGCUAGCCCGUUCACCGUCCUAUACAUAGUCAACGACAGUAUCAAGGCGAAAUGGUUUACGCACGUGCACCACGCUAUCUUCCAAAACAUCCAGCACGCACCCGUCUCUAUCACCGUCCCUCCAUAG